GUGGAGUUAAAAGAAGGAAAGGUUAAAAAAGGGGAUCUGGGAAUUUGAUGUUAGUAUUCUUUCUUUCACUCAAUGAGAUUAAACGAAGGAGUUAUUUCUUUAUCUGAAGCUGAAGAAUAAAGGCACAGCUUCCAAUGGCAUCUCAUAAAGACAGUAAAUUUUUUGAAGGAGGAAAAAGUCAAAAUGCUAUAAAUCAAAAUGGAGCCUCUCAUGGAGGUUGGGGAAGAGCAUGGCUUACGGGAAAAGUUCACCUCUUAGAUAUCUGGGACAAGACACCCUCUUUCUCUUGGAAAAUUCUGAUCCUUUACUUUUCUUGGGUAAUAUUCCAGGGAUUUUUGUUUAUGAUUCCUGACUUUUGUCAUAAAUUUAUUCCUGGUUUUCGAGGAGGAGUACAAGAAGGUGCCAUUUCACCUGCUGGUGUAGUACUCAAAUAUGAGAUUAACGGACUACAAGCCUGGUUUAUAACGCAUGCCCUCUGGUUUGGAAAUGUUUACUACUUCCAGUGGUUCUCGCCCACCAUCAUUUUUGACAAUUGGAUUCCAAUCUUGUGGUGUGCAAAUAUUCUGGGCUAUUUAACGUCCAUAUUUGUUUGGUUAAAAGCCUACUUCUUUCCUUCUAAUGCAAAGGACUGCAAAUUCACUGACAAUUUCUUCUAUAACUUCAUGAUGGGAAUUGAAUUUAAUCCACGCUUGGGAAAGUGGUUUGAUUUCAAAUUGUUUUUUAAUGGCCGACCUGGAAUUGUAGGAUGGACUUUGAUUAAUUUAUCCUAUGCUGCAAAACAACAGGAAUUGUAUGGACAAGUCACUAAUUCUAUGCUACUUCUCAAUGUCCUACAGGGUCUGUAUGUUCUGGACUUUUUUUGGAAUGAAACUUGGUAUUUAAAAACAAUGGAUAUUGCUCACGAUCACUUUGGAUGGUAUCUGGCCUGGGGAGACUGUGUUUGGCUUCCCUAUCUCUAUACUCUGCAGGGGUUGUACUUGGUCUAUCAUCCUGUCCAGCUUACUACCAGUUACGCAGUUGGAAUUCUUCUGCUGGGUUUGGUGGGCUACUAUAUUUUCAGAAUGACCAAUCAUCAGAAAGAUCUCUUCCGUAGCACUGAUGGCAACUGCAAAAUAUGGGGCAAGAAACCCAAAUAUAUUGAAUGUACCUACACAUCAGCCGAUGGAACUAAACACUACAGUAAAUUGUUGGUUUCAGGAUUCUGGGGUAUGGCCCGCCAUUUUAACUAUACUGGAGACUUGAUGGGCUCCCUGGCAUACUGCCUGUGUUGUGGUUUUAAUCAUAUUCUUCCUUAUUUCUACAUAAUUUUUAUGACUAUUCUCCUGAUCCACCGCUGCAUUAGAGAUGAACAUCGAUGCUCCCACAAGUAUGGCAAAGACUGGAAAAGAUAUACUGAUGCAGUACCUUACCGACUCAUUCCAGGGAUUUUCUAAAUGUUUAUUUUAGACUUAAAAUAUUUUACAAAAACAAGUUUUGAUACAUUUAUCAGCAGUAUUUUUGGCACAUAUAAUGGUGUAUGAUUUGCUUCUUAACAUGUUAAAAAUAACAUAUUAAACAUAAAAUAAAAUACGCAUUAUA